AUGAAUGGCGAUACCGCAAGCAUAGAUAUGGGCGAUCCUGAAUGGGAGCAGAAAAUAAACAAAUUGAGAGCACUAGAGUCGGUAGAAAGACGACAACGCCAAGUAGAAUUCGUAAGUCUUGCACCUGUAUACACCGCCGCAAAAGGAGGCGACUUGGACGAGUUCAUCAAAGCCCUCGAAAAGUAUUCCGCUGAAGAGACGGCCUCUUUAUACGACAUCAUUAGCACAAAGAGCCCAUGUGGGAACUCGUUGUUCCACGUCACAGCGAAUAUCGAGAAUGCCGACGUCUUCCAAGCACUCCUCGAGGUCGUUGAUGACGAGCAGCUCGUCGCCCAGGCAAACAACAGAGGGGACACAGCCCUCCACGUCGCAGCAAGAGCCCGCAGGAACCACAUGGCCAAGCGCCUCCUCAAAUUCGACAGAAUUGUGGACCAAUGGAAUAAUGCGGGGAACAGGCCUUUGCAUGAAGCUGUGAAAAACGGUGACUGGGAGUUGACCAAUCGGCUUCUGCAUCAAGGCUCAGAAUCGGUGAAUAAGAAGAACAACGAGGGAAAGUGCCCCCUGUACUUGGCGAUUGAGACACACAACUUGGAGAUUCUCUCGCUUUUACUGCAAGCGGUGGAUGGGAAUGAAGUCCUUUCCUCCUGGAUUGAAGGCAUGUCUCCGGUUCACGGAGCUGUGGUGCAUCGAAGGAUAGAUAUGCUGAAAGAGAUGUCAAAGAAGAAGAAAGAGCUAUUUGAUUUAAAAGAUGCUAGAGAGGAUACGCCCCUCCAUCUAGCAGCACAGGAGAAUUAUGUUGAUGGAGUCAAAUUCUUGGUCAAUGAGUUCACUUCGAGCGCCUUCAAACACAAUAUAAAGGGCUAUUUUCCAAUUCACGUUGCAUGUAAGAAGGGUCAUCUCGAAACAAUUAAGGUGCUGCAUCAACAUUGGCAAGAUUGGUUAGACCCAGAAGAGUUGCUUACUUUAAACAAAGAGCAAAAUAUACUUCAUAUUGCAGCAAAAAAGGGAAUGGCCUCCGUAGUGAAGUACAUACUUGGUGAUCCCAAGCUUGAGAAGCUUAUAAAUGCAAAAGACAAGUACGGAAAUACACCUCUCCAUGUAGCCACAAUACGAUGGCAACUCGAGGUUUUGCUCUCUCUCACCCGGGACAAAAGAGUCAAUCUUGGGCUUGUAAACCACAACAACUUCACGGCUCUCGACAUUGUAGAUGAGGAAAUGAGAGAAAUCGAUGCUCCACUUCACCUGAGGUUAACACGGACAAUCUUAAUAUCUGCCAAAGCACCUAGAAGCAAAGACAAAGCAAUUUCACAGACAAUAAACUUAGGCCAGCAGAGAGAGCCUCCAGACAUAGAUACACUAAAGAGGCGUGCCGAAGUCCGUAUCGUUGCGGCAACGCUCAUUGUUAGUGUGACAUUCACCGCUGGCUUUUCUGUUCCCGGAGGAUAUAAUAGCUCUGAACCAAAUGCAGGAAUCGCUACAUUGUUGAACAAACCGAUCUAUGACGUCUUUGUGAUUUGCAACUCCAUCGCCUUGUACAACUCGAUAAUUGCAGCUGUGAUCCUUCUUUGGAUGCAAAUCGAUGAUUCACAUGCGACGCCUCAUACCCUUAGAUAUGCAAGGCUACCGCUGCUCAUAGCUCUUGUCACAAUGUCCGUGACCUACAUGGUGGGGGUCUAUAUGACCAUAAGCAAACGCACUUGGAUCGCGGUUGUUGCCUUAAUCGUUGGAAUCACUGCCCUCUUCAUUGUAUUGAUUCUUUACAUUGCCUUCUUCAUAACACUUGGAUACAGUUCUCGUCUUUUACAGCUCUUCACCGACUACAUCAUUAGAGCUGCUAUAUUAAUUUCAAGGAGCGGGACCAAAGGAGCUUCCCAGAAGUACUACUUUGCAGGAACCAAAAUAUUAAAAACUCAUAGUGACACCAGACUACUGAAAGAUGAAGGACGUGAACACGCUCCUCCCCGUUCUCUUGCUCCAUUCUCUGCUCCCUAUCCACCCUCUCCACCCCUUUCACCUGCUCCACCUCCUGCACCCUAUCCACCCUCUCCACCUGAACGACCCCGUAGACACCCUCCACCCCGUAAACCCUUUCCAGCCGGUCCACCACCGCUCCUUUCUACCGCUUCACCCUUAGGCAUACGUCUCCCGUAG